AUGGUGAUAUUCUGGCUGUCAAGCUCCUGGCAAAACAUUCCGGCCAGUGUGCGUGCUUCAGUAGCAUCAAAAGGCGAAAACUUUCCGAAGGUGGGCCCGUCUGUCGGCCAUGGCUUAGGCGGGUCUGUUGACACCCCAAUCAUGCAGUGGAGCAUGUUGGUAGAUACUUUAGAUGGUACAUCUGGUACAGGUGGUUUCCAAGUCGCGCAGGCCUUAUACACAUCUGCCGCAGGUGUCGUCCAGGACCAGGAUGUUUCAGUCUUAAGGGGCCCGGUGCAGGUGCUGCGACGGGGUUCGGCAUCUUCGACACACGUCUCAACAACAUACAGACUCUUCGAAGGGUUCACUGACAAGCCGGUGAUUGUUGUCAUCUUACGGCUUGUGGAGGAGGAACUGCUUGAAACAGUGGAAGAGUGGAAGCUCGUAACCAUAGAGCUUGAUCGCGAUGACGUCGUGGAACUAGAUGUAGAUGAAAUUGUGGAACUGGUCCUCGAGGAAGUCGUAGAACCGACCCUUGAUGAAGUUGUGGAACUGGGGCUCGAGGAACUAGUGGAACUGGUCCUUGAUGAACUCGUGAAACCAAUAUUUGAGGAAGUAGUGGAGCUGACAAUCGAAGAUAUUGUAGAGCUUGGCCUGGACGAAGUGGUAGAAUCCGUUAUCGUCGCGAAUGUGGCAUUCGGCACCGUUAUCGAAAAGGUCGUGUUGUCGAAAUAA